AUGACGUCCCCUCAUUGGGCGGAAGGUUCGGUGGCAGUCGUCGGUGUUCCAGCUGGUGGGAGUUGGCUUCACGGUGCUGGGCGCUGGGCCCCUGGUUGAUGUGGCUGGGGAAGCCGGGCUGCGGGGUCGUCCCUGUCCUUCUGCCUCCGGUGUUCCCGGGUUUCCUUCCGCGGCGCGGGGCCUCGCCGCGGACUCGCCGGCCCCAGGGCCGCGGCUGUAGUGGUGCCUCUUGCGAGUCGUAAGUAUAUCUUAAAACCUUCAAGAUGGUUCUAGCAGAUCUUGGAAGAAAAAUAACAUCAGCAUUACGCUCAUUGAGCAAUGCCACCAUUAUCAAUGAAGAGGUAUUAAAUGCUAUGCUAAAAGAAGUAUGUACAGCAUUAUUGGAAGCAGAUGUUAAUAUUAAACUAGUGAAGCAACUAAGAGAAAAUGUUAAGUCUGCAAUUGAUCUUGAAGAGAUGGCAUCUGGUCUGAACAAAAGAAAAAUGAUCCAACAUGCUGUAUUUAAAGAACUUGUAAAGCUAGUAGACCCUGGAGUUAAAGCAUGGACACCAACUAAAGGAAAACAGAAUGUGAUCAUGUUUGUUGGAUUGCAAGGGAGUGGAAAAACGACAACAUGUUCAAAGUUAGCAUAUUAUUACCAGAGAAAAGGUUGGAAGACCUGUUUGAUAUGUGCAGAUACAUUCAGAGCAGGUGCUUUUGACCAGCUGAAACAGAAUGCCACCAAAGCAAGAAUUCCAUUCUAUGGAAGCUAUACAGAAAUGGAUCCUGUCAUCAUUGCUUCUGAAGGAGUGGAGAAAUUUAAAAAUGAAAAUUUUGAAAUUAUUAUUGUUGAUACAAGUGGUCGACACAAACAAGAAGAUUCUUUGUUUGAAGAAAUGCUUCAAGUUUCUAAUGCCAUACAACCAGACAACAUUGUUUAUGUGAUGGAUGCAUCCAUUGGACAGGCUUGCGAGGCGCAGGCGAAGGCUUUUAAAGAUAAAGUAGAUGUAGCUUCAGUAAUAGUGACAAAACUUGACGGUCAUGCAAAAGGAGGUGGUGCUCUCAGUGCAGUUGCUGCCACAAAAAGUCCAAUUAUUUUCAUUGGUACAGGGGAACAUAUAGAUGACUUUGAACCUUUCAAAACACAGCCUUUCAUCAGCAAACUUCUUGGUAUGGGUGACAUUGAAGGACUGAUAGAUAAAGUGAACGAGCUGAAGUUGGAUGAUAAUGAGGCACUUAUAGAGAAGCUGAAGCAUGGUCAGUUUACAUUGCGAGACAUGUAUGAACAGUUUCAGAAUAUCAUGAAAAUGGGCCCAUUCAGUCAGAUCUUGGGGAUGAUUCCAGGUUUUGGAACAGAUUUUAUGAGCAAAGGAAAUGAGCAGGAGUCAAUGGCAAGGCUAAAGAAACUGAUGACAAUAAUGGAUAGUAUGAAUGAUCAAGAACUGGACAGUACAGAUGGUGCCAAGGUUUUUAGUAAGCAACCAGGCAGAAUCCAGAGAGUGGCUCGAGGGUCAGGUGUAUCAACAAGAGAUGUCCAAGAACUUCUGACGCAGUAUACCAAGUUUGCACAGAUGGUAAAAAAGAUGGGUGGUAUCAAAGGACUUUUCAAAGGUGGUGAUAUGUCUAAGAAUGUGAGUCAGUCACAGAUGGCAAAAUUGAAUCAGCAAAUGGCCAAAAUGAUGGAUCCACGAGUUCUUCAUCACAUGGGUGGCAUGGCCGGACUUCAGUCAAUGAUGAGGCAGUUUCAGCAAGGUGCUGCUGGCAAUAUGAAAGGCAUGAUGGGCUUCAAUAACAUGUAAAGAAGAUGCCUUCGUAUGAGCUGCCGUGGCGAUGGUGUCACUGCAAGUGGGGAGAAGACUCUUCUUGCCUGUCUUGCCCUCCUUUUGUCUCUCCUUUUCCUUUUGUCUUCCUCCUCUUCUGACAUGAGGGAGGAGUGGCCGGUGUUUUCCAGAAGUCAUCAUAUUUCUGCUUUAAAUCUUCUGUUACUUUCACCGUCAUAACACUUCUUAAGUUAAACAAAUCAUGAUGUAAAAUUUUAGUACAUAAAGGUUUUUAAUUGUCUCAAAAGCCAAGCAUUGCAUUUAUAAACAGUCCCGAUCAGUAAAUUACAUGAUAUUGAAGAAAAGUGCUGCAAAAUAAACUUCAAGUGAUAAGUUAAA